AUGACCAGUGUCAACCCCAGGGCAGGCUGGGAAAAGAUCGGCGACCAAUUCUACCAAAAGGCACAAAUCUACGAAUCAGUCUUUGAUCAGGACCUUGAGCUUGAGAACUAUCUCGUAGUCGGUGCUCCGUACGGUGGAGCUCUUGCACUAUGGAGGGAUGAAAGCAAGAUAACGCGCUACCGCACAGGCCAGUCGUUGAAAACAACCAUCGACAUUUAUUCGUCGUCGGGCCAGCUUAUCAGCAACAUCAAUUGGGAUAAGGGCUCGAUCAAAGGCCUGGGCUGGCUGGAUGACGAGAAACUUAUCGUGGUGACGGAGGAUGGCACGGUGCAUUGCUACUCUGGAUUGCACGGGGAUUUCAACCCGUUUUCACUUGGCCAUGGCGCCGAUGAAUACGGUGUCAAAUCGUGCCGUUUCUGGUCGCAUGGUUUUGUUGCGCUACUCUCUAACAAUGCCUUGAUUGCGGUGUCCUCCUUUGAAGAACCGCGACCCCGUCUUCUGGCUCAUGCUCCGGAUGGCGAGGUCCACUCCUGGUCCCUCAUUCCGCCUGCAUACACGCUGUCCAGAUCGGUUGAAGUGCUGCUCGCAAUAGGCAAGACCAUUUUUAUGGUGGACGUCAGCGAAGCUGAAGAUCGAGGACUGUCAGAUGGCCCAUUCAUGCACGUCAGCGUGUCACCAAAUGGCCGCUUCGCGGCACUAUUUACGGAAGACGGUAAAGUCUGGGUCGUGGGAAGCGACUUCCAGAACAAGUACAGCGAGUACAACUCCAAGGCCAAGACUACACCGAAUCAGAUAUACUGGUGUGGAAACGACUCUGUCAUCUUAGCAUGGGAAGAUGAGAUCCAUAUGGUCGGACCAGAUGGCGCAGCAGUCAAAUACUAUUAUGACGAUCAAGUCCAUGUGGUCCCAGACAUCGACGGUGUGCGCCUGAUCACCAAUGAGACCUGCGAGUUUCUACACAAGGUGCCGGAUCCAUUGGAAGAAGUGUUCAAGCUCGGCUCGAAUUCACCUGCAUCAGUACUUCUCGACUCGGUUGAGCUCCUGGAGAAGAAGUCGCCCAAAGCAGAUGAGAAUAUUCAACGCAUCAAGCCAAAUCUACCUGAGGCUGUGGAGACCUGUAUCCGCGCUGCCGGACACGAGUUCAACCAGGUUUUGCAGAAAUUGUUAUUACGAGCGGCGUCGUUCGGAAAAUCGGUUCUGGACCUAUACAACAGCGAUGAGUUUGUAGACAUGUGUGAGGAUCUUAGGGUUCUCAAUGCUGUUCGCGACUAUCGCAUUGGGCUGUACAUGUCGUAUGAGCAAUAUGUUCGGCUCACACCAGAACGACUGAUUGCACGACUGGUCAACCGGCGAGAAUACCUGCUUGCUAUCAAACUGUCCGAAUUUUUGCACCUUCCGCUCAACAAGAUCUACGUCCACUGGGCGAGCCAGAAGGUGCGGGGAUCAUCUGCCGAUGACGACGCCAUCAGAGAUAUUGUUGUAGAUCGGCUUCGGGGCAAGCAGGGGAUCUCAUUCGAGGUCAUUGCCAGAGCUGCGUACGAUGAAGGUCGCAGUCACCUUGCGACAACACUCUUGAACCACGAACCGAGAGCAGGAAAGCAGGUCCCGCUUCUUCUGAACAUGGAAGAAGACGAAAUCGCGUUGAACAAGGCUAUUGAUUCUGGAGAUACAGAUCUUGUAUUCUUUGUUUUGCUGCAGUUGAAACAAAAGUUGCCAUUGGCUGCUUUCUUCCGCACGAUUAGCGACAAGCCGGUGGCCGGUGCUCUCGUGGAGAGCUCUGCCAGAGCACAAGACAAGGAACUGCUGAGAGAUUUGUUCUACCAGGACGACCAGCCGGUGGAAGGCUCCAAUCUUCUUCUCGAGGAAGCGAUGCAGCAGCCGCAAGUCUCGGCAAUCAUCGACAAAGUCAAACUGGCCAUCAGGUUGCUCACCGAUGCCAAGGACCCAACAGCUGUGCUCCAUUCCAAGGCUUUGACAGAAGCUACUCAAUUGCUCAAAAUGCAGGAAGUCUUUGACAAGGAUAUCACAGAUAGCAGUGGUAGUUAUGUCGGAUUGAGUGUCAACGAGACCAUGUUCCGCCUGAUUCGGUCCGGGUACAGCAAACGGGCAGCCAAAGUUCAGAGUGAUUUCAAGGUGCCAGACAAGACUUGGUGGUGGAUCCGACUUCGUGCGUUGACCGCUGCUCGGCUGUGGGGAGAAGUCGAAGAAAUCGGGAGGGCAAAGAAAUCGCCCAUUGGUUGGGAGCCAUUUUAUAACGAAGUUUUAGGUGCAGGCAAUACUCGUUUAGCAUCGUCGUUCAUUCCCAAAUGCACAACACUCCAACCAGCUGAGAGAAUUGAGAUGUGGGUGAAGUGUGGAAUGAUUGUCAAGGCGGGAGAGGAAGCACUGAAGGCCAAGGACCUAAACUCUCUUGAAUCGCUUCGGGAUAAGGCCAAUGGACAGCAGUUGGUGGAGAUUGAGAGGCUCAUCACACAGUUGAGACCAAGGAAGUAG